GACUCCGCCCCCGGGCCGCCCAUCCGGCCUCCUCGCCUCCGGUGCCGGGAAUCCGAUCCGCUGCCUCGGCCCUGUGCCCGCCCGGCCCGGGCACCCGAGUCCAGACCCUAGGACAGAGGGCCGGCGGCUGCCCCCGGGGCCGAGCGCCCGGCCACGCACCCCGCGGUAACGGGACGGCGCUCCGGCCCGGGGCGCAGAGGCGGCCCCUUUCCCACGGCUCCCCGCCCGGGCCGUUCCGGCCGCUUUUGCUUAGAAUACCCGGGGCCGGCGCCCGCCCCGCGAGCCGGCCCGUUGCUUCCUCACCUGCCCCGCGGCGAGCCUUCCCCUCCCCUCCACCGCCGGGCCCCAGCGUCGGGAAAAUGGCGCUACGGCCCCCCGGGGGCCUGGUGCUGGCCUUGCUCGGGGGCCUGAGCCUCUUCCUCAGUCUCCCGGGCCCCGUGUGGCUCCAGCCCUCGCCGCUGCCGCCCGCCGCGCCCCCGGCCGAGCCCCACCCGUGUCAUAGAUGCCGAGGCCUGGUGGACAGCUUCAACAAGGGCCUGGAGAGAACCAUCCGGGACAACUUUGGAGGUGGAAACACUGCGUGGGAGGAAGAGAAGUUGUCCAAAUACAAAGACAGUGAGACCCGCCUGGUGGAGGUGCUGGAGACGGUGUGCAGCAAGUCGGACUUCGAGUGCCACCGCCUGCUGGAGCUGAGCGAGGAGCUGCUGGAGAGCUGGUGGUUUCACGGGCAGCAGGCCGCCCCGGACCUCUCCCAGUGGCUCUGCUCAGACUCCCUGAAGCUCUGCUGCCCCGCAGGCACCUUCGGGCCCUCCUGCUUACCCUGUCCGGGGGGCGCAGAGAAGCCUUGCGGCGGCUACGGGCGGUGUGAAGGGGACGGGACUCGAGGGGGCAGCGGGCGCUGCGUCUGCCAGGCCGGCUACGGGGGUGAAGCCUGUGGCCAGUGCGGCCUCGGCUACUUCGAGGCGGAGCGCAACGCCAGCCACCUGGUAUGUUCGGCUUGCUUCGGCCCCUGCGCCCGCUGCUCAGGACCCGAGGAGUCACACUGUUCUCAGUGCAAGAAGGGCUGGGCGCUGCAUCACCUCAAGUGUGUGGACAUCGACGAGUGUGGCACCGAGCGAGCCAGCUGUGGAGCCGACCAGUUCUGUGUGAACACGGAGGGCUCCUAUGAGUGCCGCGGUGAGUGUCCACUCCGCUGUAAGAGAUGCAGCGCCGGCUACCAGCAGCUGGGCUCCAAGUGUCUCGACGUGGAUGAAUGCGCCACGGAGGUGUGUCCGGGGGAGAACCAGCAGUGCGAGAACACCGAGGGCAGCUACCGCUGCGUCUGUGCCGAGGGCUACAGACAGGGUGAGGGCGUCUGCGUCAAGGAGCAGAUCCCAGAGUCGGCGGGCUUCUUCUCGGAGAUGACGGAGGACGAGCUGGUGGUGCUGCAGCAGAUGUUCUUCGGCGUCAUCAUCUGUGCCCUGGCCACGCUGGCCGCCAAGGGCGACUUGGUCUUCACCGCCAUCUUCAUUGGGGCCGUGGCGGCCAUGACGGGCUACUGGCUGUCCGAGCGCAGCGACCGCGUGCUGGAGGGCUUCAUCAAGGGCAGAUAAUGCCGCCAGGCCGCAGCCACUCCUCCCGCCCCGCUGCCCACGAGUCAGGCCCCGCUCCUGCCUGGACACACGAGGCGGCUGGCUCAGUGUUUGAGAGCGGGGUAAGCACCCUCUAGCCACCUUGGGGCGCUGCCCCGGCACCCAGACCUGGGCAGGUGAGGGAGGCCCCCUGGUGAAAGAGAAGCCUUUUAAAGGCGGCCACCAGGAGACCUUGGCCAAGGGGGCUGGGCAGGUGUCCGUGUGUGUUUUCAAAAGAAGUCUCCAGACGAUGGGCGCUUGGCCCUGCCAAGACAGGGAGGCCCCGAGUGCCCAUCGCAGCCCCCCGCCAGCCGCCUGCCGCCAGCCGCCUGCUCUACCCGCCCUGCUCCUCCGCCACUGGUUUAUUUAUUCAUCUCAGGAAAUAAAGGUCUUGUAAGGGGAGCCGCUCAGUGUGGGCGCCGGCUCCGGGA